UUGAAGAAUCAUGGGUAACCUCAUUAGCAGACCUAGCUGUUUGGGACAAAAGUCCAAAAAGGUUAAGUCAGAUGAAAGCGUCUUGAAAGAGUGCUACCAGCAACGAAGAGAAUGGCCGCUCCCAGAGCCUCCUAAAGAAGAGACAAGGAAAGAGGACGUGGAAGAGGUUCUUCGACAAACUCCAACACCGGACAAGCAGAGAAGUUCCCCAGCCCCUACUGUCACCACUACCAGCACUCUGGACAAUGCCUGGCAAAGCACUCCGUCCCCAGUAAAAACACCAAGAAAUGGGUCUUUGCCCAGAAGGUGUAAUAUUCCAGAGUACAGAAGAUCCCCCCUGAGUCAGUAUGGAUCCGUGGACAGGAGAGCCAGCCUGCAGAGAAGGGAUUCUGGAAGUCCCUGGUCCUGGAAACCUCCGAACACUCGAGAGGUUACCGAAGUCACAGAAGUGACAGAGACAAUUGUUACAGAGAUUGUGGAGGUGACAGAGUAUCCUCCUGCAGGCAAAGGAGGUGACCCUAUUGUUACUAGAACUGUGAGAGUCCUUACUGGAGCUGCUGAGGAACUUGCAGAGCUGCUGAAUGAUGGUCAGUCAAGUUCAGACCAGGAAUCAAGUCUAGAUCAAUGGAAGGAUUGCAGAAAUGUUUUGGCUCUGAAAGAUGAGUUCAAGGAUCCGUUGAAAUUCCUGCAAAAUCUGGAAACGCUGCUGACGUGGGUCUGCGAGAUUGAGGAGCUGACAGCCAAUCAAAAACCACCAUCCUCAGAGUUUAAAGUGUUGAAAGCCCAACUGCAAGAACAGAAGCUCUUACAGCGCCUCCUGGAGGACAGGAGACCCAGUAUGGAGACCAUGAUGCAGGAGGGUCCACACCUGGCAGAGGGGCUUCAGGGAAAUGACGGUGAAAAGACCAAAGUGCAGCUUGCACAGCUCAAACUCAAGUGGGAGGCUCUACUUCAGGGCACCAACAGCAGACACAAGAUUCUGGAGGGCAUUCUGCCAAGAGCUCAGCUAUUCCAGGAGAGGACAGACAGACUUCAGCAAUGGCUUAUAUCUGUGGAUCAGGACUUAGCUGAGCUUCGCUCUGCAGAGAGAGGGAUGCUCCAUCUGCAAGAAGCUGCAGGACAGGCCAAGGCAGUCAUGGAAGAGAUAAAAGCUAAGAGUGUCGACCUGGGGAAACUCCAACAAUGUGCUCAUGAGCUCAUGGAAAAGAUUUCAGAGGAGGAAACCCAGCUGGUGCAGGAGCGGGUGGACAGUCUGCGUAUCCGGUACUCAGUGAUGAGUCUGGGUAGUGCUGAUGUCCUGCAGAGGCUGGAACAGGCUUUGGAGGAAUCUAGUCGAUGUACCUCCAGUCAGGAAGACCUCCACCUGUGGCUUGGUCGAAUCGAGAGAGAGCUGCUGGCUCCUGCUGCCCAGACUGAGACUGGGGAUGCAGUCUUGUGUUCUUCUGAGAGGCAGAAGCUGGAACAGGCUGUUGAGAAAGAGUUGGCUUGGUUUAGAGACAUCUCACUGGCACUGGAGGAGCUCGGAGCCAUUAAUCUGGACCCAGACGUCAUUGCAUCCCAGCUCAAUGAGCAGAAAAUACUUGCUGUAGAGAUUCUGCAGCACAAGUUUAACAUUGAGAAAAUGGUGAAGAUUUUGGAACUCCUGCAGACGUACACUGAGGAUGGGGAUACACUGAGACUCCAGUCUUCCAUAGACACCUUACAGGAGCAGUGUCAGGUCACUACUGCCACUAAUUCGCAUGUCGUGCUUCAACUGGAGCAUGCUCAGUCGCUCUUUUCUCAGUUCUCAGAGGGCUAUGCUGAGGUGUUACCAUGGUUACAGGAAACCAAAGCCCUUAUUGGUCAGUUUACCCUGAACACCAUCAGCUACGAGGCUUUCCGAGAACAACAGGACCUCUUACAGGGCAUUAGGGAGUCCAUAGCAGAGCAUAAGCCGCUGAUAGCACGGCUGAUCAUGCUGGCCCAGCGUCUAUCAGACCUGAAUGCAGCUCAGGGACAGGAGUUCUGCCAGAAAGCCAGGGACACUGAAGAGCAGCACCUGGCCAUCAGAGACAGGGUUCAAGAAGCUGCUGGAGUACUGGAGGAGUCUCUGCCCCGCUAUACACAGCUGAAUGAGAGGAUGACUCUGAUUGGAGAGAGACUGGAGCGUCUGUGUAGUCACAUGCAGGCCUCAAUGGCUCUUCAAGGCCUCACCCCACGAAUUCAGGAGCAGCUACAGGACAACAAGCACACAUUGUCUGAGCUCUCUAAAAUGGAUCUGGACCUCAGCAGUGUGAGGACACAGGCUCAGGAGCUCCUGACCAACACAGGAGCUCUUGGGGACAGUUCCAUUGGCACAGCGAUUCAAGAGCGGGUUUGCAGUCUAACAAGCCGCUGGGAGGAGGCUCAAAGGCAAGCUCAGGAGAGGGAGAAGUGGCUUCUCAAUCUACUGGAUCUGGCAGUCAGGUUCUGGAAUGAAGUGAGUGACAUGACAGCUGGACUGAAUGAUGCCCAGCAGGCUGUUCUGGACCUCAACUCCAGUCGAUCAGAUUCAGAAACCAUCCGACAGAGCCUGGAGACCAUGCAGACACUCAGGGAGGACAUUGAUUCUCUGCAAGGUGACCUGGACACACUAGGAAUUCUGGGAAUGGAACUCAUGUCAGCUUGUGGUGACACAGACAAACCAGAGGUCACGAAAAGUUUGGAUGAGCUUUACGGCACGUGGAACAAUCUCAGUAAGAUCUGGACAGAGUGCAACAGUAAGUUAGAAGAAUGUUUACGAAUGGCUCUUCAUUAUCAGGACAGCAUGCAGGGACUCUUUGAGUGGCUGAACUCUGCAGAGCUGAAAUCCACCGAGGAGUUCUCAGUGGGAUCUGACCUGGGAUCAGUUAAAGAGCAGCUGUGUGACCUGAAGGAAUUUAAGCGAGAGCUCUAUCAGAAGAAGAUUGCGAUUGAGAGUCUAAACCAUCGCUUUGUGUGUCGUCUCUCCCCGGGCACCGAGCGACCUGGGUCCAUUUCUCCACUGUGCGACUUCCGUCAGCGAUGGGACAACUUGGAGUCAGAGACUGUCAGCAGACAGCACCAGCUGGAGUGUGCAUUGCUGGGCUUGGGUCAGUUCCAGAACACUCUUGAUGAGUUGCACGCCUGGCUCUCCCACACGGCUGACCUACUGCAAGCCUUUCAGCCAAUCAGCAUCGACCUGCAAACCUGUGAGAUAGAGCUAGCCAAGCACAAGGUUCUGUGGAAUGAUGUGAUGUCCCAUGUGCACACGGUAGACUCUCUGAACCAGGCCGGCAGAAACCUGAUGGAGUCUGGGGCGGGAGACAGCUCACAUGUCCUGCAGACUCGUCUGGAACAGCUGAACGAACGUUGGGAAUUUGUGCGCUGUGAGACAGAGCGCAGACAGCUAGAGCUGGAAAAUAACCUCAGUCAGGUUCAGGACGUAACCAUGGAGAUCCAGGAUCUCCUGCAGUGGCUGGAGCACACAGACCUGAGGCUGUCGUCCAGUAAGACCGUGUGGGGAAUGCCAGACUCUGCCAACGAGAGACUGAGCGCUCAUUUGGAGUUGUGUAAUGAGAUGGAUUCUAAAAUGCACACCUACACAAAUGUUCGCAACGCCAUCCACCGGAUGCUGGAGGGACGUGAAGUGGCCCGGGGCUCCAGCACGGAGCAUAGCUUAUGCAUGCUGGAGCAGAAAUGGAGCGCUGUCUAUGCUAAAAUGCAAGAAAGAAAGGCAAAGUUAACAGAGGGGCUUGGUCUUGCCAAGGAGUUUAACAGUAAUGUCCAGGACCUGCUGACCAAAAUGACCAAGUGUGAGGAGACCAUAAACACUCUGUCUGCGCCCAGCUUCAUCCUGGACACCGUCUGCGCUCAGCUUCAGGAGCACAGGGUGCUGGUAGGUGAGGUGCAGUCUUACGGAGAGAGGAAGACGAGUGUGGAAACCGCUGCCACACGUCUGUCCGAGCUCAGCAGGAAGGAAGACUGUGAUGUGGUGCAGAACCUGAUCAUGACCGUCCAGGACCGAUUCAAGAAACUCCUCCAACACACCACAGACAGGGGGAAAACACUCGAGGACGCCAAAAGACAUGCUAAACAGUUCAGUGAAUCGUGGCACUUGCUGGUGGACUGGAUGACGGAGGUUGAACAGACGCUGGACACACACAAAGAGAGCUCUGUGUCACAGGAAGAGAUCAAACAGCAGCUCACUGAACAAAAGGGCUUCCAGAAGCUGCUCCGCUUGAAGCGGCCCAUGUACGAGGCCUGUCUGAAGAGAGGCCGCUCGCUGCAGGAGAAAGCCCAGAGUCCUGAAGACACGCAGCACCUGGAGAACAUGGUGUCUGAGCUCAGAGACUCAUGGGACACCAUCAGCGGCAAAUCCACAUCAAGGCAGCACAAGCUGGAAGAGGCUCUGCUGUUUUCAGGCAGAUUCACUGACGCUCUGCUGGCUCUUAAUGACUGGCUGUACAGAGCCGAGCCACAGCUGGCUGAAGAUGUACCUGUCUGUGGUGAAAAAGACCUGGUCGGCAAUCUGAUAGACAAGCACAAGGUGUUCCAGCGGGAGCUCGGGAAGCGUGCCAGCUGUAUCCGCACGCUGAAGCGCUCGGUCAGGGAUCUGACGCGGAGCAGCACGGCUGAUGCGGAAGAGUUCGAUGGAAUAGUUCACUCGUUCCUGGAUCAUCUUUCGGAUGUUGAGAGGGUCCUGAAGUACGGAGUGCUGCCUGAGGAAGAGGAGGCUCUUCUGGCAUUUCAUACCUGUCAUCAGGAGUCGAUGAGCUCCUUGAACGCUCAGCAGACGGCGCUAGAAAACAUUCGCAAACUGGGCGAGAAGAUUCUGUCCUCCUGCCAUCCAGACUCUGUCAUCACCAUCAAAUCAUGGAUCAGCAUCACAAAGACUCGCUAUGAAGAGGUCCAGACGUGGGCGAAGCAGCAGGCCGAGAGGAUCCAGACCACACUGUCUGCUCUGGAGGCAGAGAGAGAGGAGAUCCAGCGAUUACUGGACUGGAUCUCCUCCGCUGAAGAGUCUCUCAAUCUGAAGGAGCAGGAGCCGCUGCCUGAAGACCUAGAGCUCUCUGCAGAUCUCAUCACUCAGCACACGGAUUUCAUGGAUGAGAUGAAAGGGAAGGUACCAGAAAUUGAAAACGCCACAAAAUCCUGUAAACACAAGCUGGUUCAAAAGCUGCAGGUUUCCCCCAGUCGCAAAGCACCAGCAAAGAGGAGAGGCACAGCGAAGCCCCCUCCGUCUGCUCCUCUUCCACUGGAGAAACUGGACCCGCAGACACCCGUGAUGAGUCAGCUGGUGAGUCAAUGGAGGAAACUCUGGCUCCUGGCCCACGGCAGACAGAGCAGACUAGAGGAACAUCUGCAGAGGCUGAAAGAGCUGGAGGAGUUUGCUAAUUUUGACUUCAACAUCUGGCGGAAAAGAUACAUGCAGUGGAUAAGUCACCUCAAAUCCCGGAUACUGGAUGUUUUUCGUAGCAUCGAUCGAGAUCAGGAUGGACGAAUCACUCACAAGGAGUUCAUCAGCAGCGUUCUGGCCUCUAAAUUUCCCACUAACUCCCUGGAAAUGACUGCGGUGGCUAACAUAUUUGAUGUUAACGCUGAUGGAUUCAUUGACUACUACGAAUUUGUGAGUGCCCUCCAUCCAAGCCGAGACCCUUACAGAAAGACAAUAGAUGCAGACCAAAUCAAUGAGGAGGUGAGUCGUCAGGUCUCUCAAUGCAACUGUCCAAAGAGAUUUCUAGUAGAGCAAAUUAGUGCAAAUCGCUACAGGUUUGGAGACUCUCAGCAGUUGCGGAUGGUUCGUAUUCUCAGAAGCUCUCUGAUGGUUCGAGUUGGUGGUGGAUGGACAGCAUUAGAUGAGUUUCUAGUGAAGAAUGACCCCUGUAGAGUAAAGGGACGCACAAACCUGAAGAUAAAGGAGAAGUAUCUCUCUCCGGACGCGUUCGAGGCGUCGGGCCGCAGAGGCAGCGCUAAAGGCCUGACCGUGAGCAGAUCUAACUCCAGCCUGAGUUUAUACAGCAGCGCUUCGGCUCCCAGCAGCCCGCUGACACGCAAGGCAUUGCUACGCAGAAGUUUCUCUGGUGAGAGGUGCAUUCGACCCAGGAGCUCUAUUGCAGCAUUAGGGAGCGAGCAUUUCUCUGCCGACAUCGACUCACCUUCACCUACAGAAGAGGCAGAAAGACCACCAACAUGACUACAUCUUGUCCCGUACCGUGAGCUCAAUCCACAGGAUGGACAGAAAAACCACCCCAGCAGGCCUCAGAUCAGU